GCGGAAGGAGACCCUGAAUUUUGGUAUCCCAAGUUAUUUCGUCACAUCUACUAUCUAAACCGGAUAAGCUGCAAGUUUCAUUUCUCAGUUCGGGCGUAGUCGGUUGACUUAAUUGUCGUUGAAUUUAUUUGUUCAAUAAUCAAGCGGCAGAGUUUACUAGUUCUCUUCAGACAGGAGUGUAUUUGAUCAGUUUCAUUAUCAGCUGAUAUCGCGUGCUUGUUUUUUUUUACUCUUAACUGAAAUGAAUAGAAUCCGGCCUUUAAAGAUAACCGUAGUCGGAGACGGUAUGGUGGGAAAAACGUGCAUUCUCAUUGUGUACACAAAGAAAGAAUUUCCAGAAAUACAUGUUCCGACUGUAUUUGACAACUUUUCUGAUACAAUUGAAGUGGAUGGAUUUCCGUACAAUGUUACACUCUGGGACACUGCCGGCCAGGAAGAAUACAAAAACCUGCGCAUUCUUUCCUAUCCUAACACGGACGUUUUCCUACUUUGCUAUGCCGUUAACAUACGGUCAACUUUUGAAAACAUCAUCACAAAAUGGAUCCCUGAAUUGAAGCAUUAUUGCCCUCACACAUCCAUAGUACUUGUUGGUACAAAAGUAGAUAUCCGGCAAGAAGGGCAAUCAAAUUGCGUCUCUACCACUGAGGGUCGAGAACUGAGCAAGAAAUUUCAACUCAACAGUUUUCUGGAGUGUUCGGCGAAGACGCAAGAGAAUGUAAUACAAGUUUUCGAAGAAGCCACUCGAGUUGCUCUGAAUAAACCGAAAUCUAAACCGCACAAGUGCAGCCUUCUUUAGAGCGAAGGAAUAUGUUUAAAAAUAAAUUGGUAAUCGUGCAAAACAAUAAAAUUCAUGACUUGACAGUAAUUUAAUUGAAAAAAUCCUGUUUGUUUGUUAAAAUGCAACUGAUAUGAAUAUGAACACUGAUUUUCUGACUGACUAUGAUAAAUAAACAUUUUGAGGUAGAACUGCCA